AUGUUACCCGAGACACAGCUUGAACACAAGCCUGAGGGAUGCCAAAGCAACUGUGUCUUGCACCCGAAGCCACCGGGUAGUAGUUCUUUGAGGGGGGUAUUCCAAAACAAGGCCAUCGGGUAUUAUGAAGCAUGGAUGGCUCGGAAGAGCUGCCAAAAUGUCAAAUCCAACGGACCUGCCUUUGGACGCGCGAACUCAGUGAGCACGUUGAUGUUUAAGGGCAAGAAAGUAGUUGCUUACGGGUUCUUCAGUAUCAACUUCUCUUUCGCAUAUAUCGAGCCAUCAGCCUAUCAAGUGAUGACCAUGGACUCGGCCGCUCCAGUCAGUCUUUUCAAAGAGACUACCGCCAAGUCCAUUAAACAAGGCCCUGUUUUUGCCCGUAUCGGUGGCUGGACGGUACGGUUGGACGGUGUAGAUCUUGAUUGGGAAUACCGUGGAGCUGGCUACGGAGGCGGAAAGCCCGAGGACACGGAGAAUGAUGUCUUGUAG